AUUAUAUAGACACAGACAUUUGUAUGUCGAUAGUGAGAGUUGAAUUGAAUGUGUGUGUAGAUUCAAGUUUAUACAUUAUUUGUCAACAUCGAAUAUUGUUUUCAUUUUUUUUGUCACUGUUUUUUUUUGUUUUAUUACGUGUUGUGUUUAGUGAUUCAUCGAUUUGACAAUUGUGUGUCUAUAUCUUUUUUUUGGUUUUAUUUUUUGACCAGAUCUUCCUAAAAAAAAUAACCAAUAAUAUCUGGUCUUUUUUUUUUUUUUUUGAUAUUCCAAGUCCGCCAUUUAUUCUAACUUAAAUUGUGGUCUCGUCUCAUUAGUGUCCAUUCAAAUCUCUAUCUUUCACAUUCAAUCCUUGAAAUUUGACAAUGAAGUUCCAAUACAAAGAACAACAUCCAUUUCAACAGCGAAAAGAAGAAGGAGAAAAAAUUCGUAAAAAGUAUCCAACACGAGUUCCUGUGAUAGUUGAAAAAGCAUCUGGCGCUCGAAUUGGUGAUCUGGAUAAAAAGAAAUAUCUUGUGCCAACAGAUUUGACCGUCGGACAAUUCUAUUUUUUGAUCCGUAAACGAAUACAAUUGCGACCAGAGGAGGCGAUAUUUUUCUUCAUUCACAAUAUGGUUCCACCUACAUCAUCGACAAUGGGCUCACUUUAUAAUCAAUAUCGUGAUGAGGAUUUUUUCCUUUACGUUCAUUACAGCGAUGAAAAUGUUUAUGGUCAAUGAAUGAGACGAAUAAUAAAUGUUAAUAAGUAAUCAACAAAUGACAAUUAUCCAAAACAAAUCCAGUGGGAAAAAAAUCAAAAA